AAGUAGUAACAGCGGAAAAAGUAAUAGCACAACCACUCUGACCGGAACAACUACCACAACGACAACAACAACAACUACCACCACGACAACAACAACAACGACAACAACCACUACUACUACUAGUACGACUACUACGUCAACAACGUCAACAUCGACUACGUCGACAACAACUACUACUGCUACCACAACUACUAGCACUAGCACUACUUCAACAACAGCAACGACAACAACAUCAACAACAGCAACCACAACAACAUCAACAACAACAACAACAACAACAACAACAACUCCAUCACCUUGUGAUUGCCAUUAUGGUGGUUCUUCUUCUUGUACUUGCAAUUGUAAUUGUGGCUCUUGUAGUUGUGGCUCUUGUAGUUGUGGUUCUGGUUCUGGUUCUGGUUCUUGUACUUGUGAUGAUGGUUAUGGUGCUAAUACUGGUGGUGGUGUUGGUUCUGCUAUUAGUGUUAACUCUACUCUUGCUGCUAGUUGUAGUUGUAAUUCUACGGAUACUUGUCCUUAUUGUAAUAGUAAUAGUGGUUGUUGUUCUUCGUCUGACGGUUGUAAUACUAGUUGUGUUGGUGGUAACCUUUGUUAUUAUAAUCAAACUUUUUAUACUUAUACUGAUUUUUGCGCACUUCUUCUUUGUACUAGUACGUUCUAUACUAAUUAUGGUACCCAUACUUCUUAUCCUUGUAGUUGUAGUGGUUGCACUACUUCAAAUUGUAAUACUAAUUGUCGUUCUGGUUGUAAUGGUGGUAGUUGUACGUGUAAUUAUAAUAAUGAUCCUAGUUGUCAUUAUAGUACUUGUUCCGGAGGUGAUAUAACGAAUUUCGAUGGUUCGGGUGGUGAACGUAAUUAUGGGAAAACACUUGCUGAUGAAAAUUUUAACAACAAGCAUUCCAAACCCGGUACUUUAUCAAUGACUAAUUUUGGUUCGAAUACCAAUAAUUCCCAAUUUUUUAUAACUUAUAUUGAACUUCCAUUCUUUGAUGAUACAUAUAUUGUUCUCGGCGAAAUUUCAAGUGGCAUGGAUGUUGUGCAUGCCAUCAUGAAUCAGGGAAGCGUCACUGGUCGACCUAAACAUAGGCGGCGGAACAAUUUCGAUCUAGGGUAG